UUCUCAAUUUUUCACAUUUUGUUAGUAAAUUGCGUAUUUAUUGGUUGGUGUCGUACUAGUAUUGCACCGAACGCUGGCAGAUAACACCAAUUAUUUGUAGAUAAGGAAUUAUUUAUUUAUUAAUAUGAUUUUGAUGUUUUUUAAAGCGAUAGCUUACAAAUAAACACGUUAAACAGACGAUUCGAUUCUUCUUCAGUCUCGUCUUCUUGUUAAAUAGUCUCACAGAUAGUUGCCAGAACUGACAAAAUUAAAUGGAAAAUUUCAGAUAAACAUGUGCCGGCAAACGUUCUGUUUUCCAGAUACAGUGUUGAAAUUGGUAUUUUUAUCGAUUUUUUCCGAUCCAACUCCCGCAUUUUUUUAGACGUCGAAAUUAAGUCAUCGUUCAUUGCGUUGAAUAAACUUUAAACUUUUUUGUUGGGUGCCAAUGAGGACUCACGAUUUUUUAAUAGUUCUUGGUUCUAAUGGGAACAUUUCCUGUCUUUUGCAUUUUUUUCGCAACUGCCACUGUUUUCGAGUUAUUUACAAUAGAAUUAAUGCAUGCGGAAUUUCAAGCUUUAAAGCGAUGGCUGCAGGGUGUCGCUUACCGCAAACUUAAUAAGUGGUAAUAUUAACAAUGAGGAAUUAAUCUCACUAGAUAAUCUUAAAUCUGAGGGAAAUGUCUCAGAAGCUGCAACAGUUAGGACGGGAAGCAAAAUAAAAUUUAAUCACCCUGUAUAUCGGAAGCGAAGCAAUUGCGGACGAAUUAUUACAUCAUUCUUAGGGUGGCUUUUUCUUUAAUUACAUUUAGAUUACUUCCUCUGUUUAUUAAUUUCGCUAAAUAUGGUGAAACUGAAAUCAACCUUUUUUGAGUUCAUUUUAGUAACAUUUUAUUUGAGCGCUCGAAGCGAUUUGGAUUCAAUUUUAAAUUAAAAAAUUAAAAAUAGGAGACUAAACGUUUCUCUAAUCUUCUGCAAGGCAGCCACCGACUUGCCAGACACCAUGUGUAUAUAUUUAUAUUUUCAUUGUAAAAAAAAUGCUUCCAUAUUACACUGGAAAACUGUUUGUUCUUAUAAACAUAUAGAUUUUUGUCUUGUUUGCUUUAAUGCUACUUCCAAAGCAAAUACUUUUCAACCCGAAUUCCUUGAAGUGAAAGUUUGAAGAACUCAAACGGGCAAAUAUUAAUUAAAUAGUCUCAAUGCGUUUUAAUGCCUAUUUAAUGCGCUGAAACCAUCUAUUCGUAAUGUUUAGCCUUAGUCUCAGUUAGUUAUCGUGUAAUCUUGUUAUUUUCGCCACUCGCUCAUAGAUGAUUGACAAUAUUUUCAAUAAUAAAUCCGAUAACAAUAAUCAUUUUUUUACGUGAAAGUGAAAAAGAGUGAGUCGAUUGAAACAGCAAUUGUUUACUAACUAUUUGUGAUGUUUUACAAAGUAAUUUGAUGCUAAAGUGGGUUGCAAUUUGCAAAAAUGGCUGAUGUAUUCCUAGCCCCCCAACUAACUGAGAAUUUUUAUUAAAAAUAUUUAGCGUUAUUUUCAUUUUGUGUUGACUAAUUGAGUGCAGACGACGACUAGAAGAAAAUGUGCAUUCUCAAUUGCGUCCCCGAUGAUUAAGGUUUGAAGAAUCUGCAAAAACUUACACAUUUGAUUGAGAAUGCAGAUUUUAUUCGGCUGGUUCACCCUCUCCUUUAAAGUUGUUUCUAAUAUAUUUCAGUACUGCUCUGAAUGUGUUACUUAAUUUUUUAAACCAAUUAUUACAUUGCGUUAGAAUCGUUUUGUUAAUUCAAUCUUAGGUGUUUAUGUUAAACGUAAUACUUUGAGUGUUGCACAGACCUGGGACUUGCACCACCCUAUUAACCUUGCGCAUUUUUUACUUCUACUGUGCUGCUUAGCUUGAUGUUAAUGUACUUGAAAAUCAGUUUCAUACCACAAAUUCGGGCAUGUUAUUUUAACAUGCCCCGGAUGUAUGAAACGAGAAAUUUCCAAACUAAUCUUAGCAAUGUUACGAGUGGUUUUGCGUUUUUCUUUUAGCCUCCGCCCGCUUUACCACCUAAAAAUCAAAAACGAACGCCGCCUCCUCACUCCACUUUACCUCCGAAAUCGUCUACGGCAUAUUCGCAAGUAACAUCCGGCUCGACGGUAGCGUCGAAAAGUGCCGUAAAACAGUUGUUAUGGGAGCUAUUAUGGAAGAACCAUGAGUCCAGAAUAUUAUGGAGAUGACACUCUCUCUGUUUGUGAUAGCGUGUACGAUGAGUACUACGAUUAUGAUUUUAUUUACUCUGGAUCGGGAAAUAAUAGCGUAUCAGGACAUACGACAGUAUCAGAGCCGCUCUAUGCCUCAUUGAAUGUUAGUCUGAGCAAGUUGAUCGCGGAAAGUAGCCCGCAUUCGCCCAGUCCUCCUAUACCGCCAAGAAUGCGCAUUAGCACUAUCGAUAGGAACUUGUCGAAGAAAAUGAAGCCGAACCUUCUGAAUGAUGUGGUUGAAAACGAUGAAAAAGCAUUAGCGAGGGAUCCCGAUUUAAAGGCAUUCUACGGUAUGGUGUACCGAGUCAGGAAUAGUUACAAAUACAACGACCCAGACACGAACAUGGGCCUGGUCAUAAGUCCUUUGGUGAAUUACAAGUACCAUGAAGGGCUGAGUAUUAAGCUGAGGGUGCAUCCGGAUUUUGAGGGCGCGGACUUUAACAAGCCAGUUACGUUUACCUGUGAUGUUACAACUAGUAUUGAGCAUGUAACUAUGCAGUUGGUGUGCAAUCUUGAGGCGCCGCCCCAUCAGAAUUAUACCCUUAAAGUGUGCGGGUUUAAUGAAUAUCUUGUGCCUACCACGUUGCUCUGCGACUAUGAGUAUGUGCAUAAUUGCAUUAAGCUGGACGAAGAUGUAGUUUUGGUGCUCAUUCCAGACUCGAUGAGAGAUAAGUCAUUUGCUAGAACUGUUCAAGAUGAUUACGCAGACAAGGAAGUUACUUUCGAAAAAAUCGUUCCUAGUGAAACAGUUUCUCACAUUACAUUCGACAGUCUUAAGAUAUUGCUGGAAACCGUCGAAAGCGAAAUUAAUAAAUUGGAAGAACAAGCUUUGGAGCUGGAAACGACCAAUAAUUUGGAGGCCGCUUCUAUACUGCAACCUUCCAAAGUUCUACAGUCGGUUAAAUACAUCGUCAAUUUGAUGAGCGAUUUGUGUACUUUGGAUAUAAUGCAGACUGUCGAAGCUUUAAUUGAGUCCUGCAGGGAUCCCAGUUCAAUUGCUGGUAGUUUUUCGGAAACGGUGCGAAGCAAUUGCAACAAAGUGAGAUUAGCGAUUCAGAAUCUCAUUGAUAUGUACUGCCAAACGUUCUCAGUUAAUUUUGAAGUUAUUUCCACACCUUCUGAACCUUCACGAAGCGUUUGCGACGUUUUGGAUUCGGUUAUAGUCAGAAUUUGCGCGAUUUACCGACCGAGUCCCAAGUGGGAACACGAAUCAUAUUAUAUUUCUGGCCAAAUUUACCACGGAACAAGGAAGAUUAGCAAGCCAAUUUUUACGCAAGCCUGUGGCAAGACUGAAAGGGAUAAAAUGUGGCCUUCUAGAAUUGUUUUUGAUAGUUGGUUGGAAUUCGAAGACGUUCCUAUUAGCAAUUUAGCUAGAGAAUCCAGAUUGGUUUUGCAAGUAUUCGGCAGAACAUUGGAUACCACAGAGACUGAAGAAUCUAAAAACUCAAAUAUGCCACUUUACAAAGAGGAGGAGAUCGGUUGGGCUGCAGUUCAGUUUUUCGAUUAUGAAGGGCUUAUGAUACAAGGCAGUGCUCUUUUAUCCGUUUGGCCUCGAGAAUCCAAUCAUAUCAACGAUCACAUUUACGGGCCAGCCCCUGCUAUGGGAUCUCAUCCUUUAAACGAUCAUGCAAUGAUUGGCAUUGAAGUGGUGUCCCCAUCGAAAGUGGUAUUUCCCAAAGUGGAAAAGAAUUUACAAACAACUCUAACACAAGGAGAUUUUUUCAGUUUAGAUAAGGAAACGCAAGAAUUACUUACAGAUGCCUGCGAACAAGACAUGUUAUUCAAGCUGCCAGCCGAUGUUAGGGAAAUUUUGUGGGAAAAGCGGCAUUAUCUAAAUCAUAUCCCCCAGGCAUUGCCAAAGGUUCUGCUGGCUGCUCACAGUUGGGCUUUCACAAACGUGCCUGAUCUGCAUGGAAUGUUACAUUCCUGGGAAAAAUUGGAACCGAAACAAGCUUUGGAGCUGCUGCUGCCUGUUUACCCUGACAUCGAAGUGAGAAAAAUGUCCGUAAAAUGGCUGGUGCACUUUUCAAACGACGAGCUAGUCGACUAUCUUCCGCAACUUAUCGUUGCCUUGCGACAUGAAACCUAUGAAAAUUCAGCUCUGUCCGAAUUCAUGUUACACCGGGCCCUUCGAUCGCCCAGGUUUGCUCAUUAUCUGUUCUGGUUGCUCAGUCACAAUUUACCCGGAUCUAUACCUCAGAAACACCGUACUUGGGACUUAGAUAUUUUCAUUGGAUACAAUCAGAACACAAAUGUAGAUCUAAAAGAGAAUAAAAACGACUUGAACGACUCGAGUAUCAGCGAAGUGAGGCAUCAUCGGCGAAUGAAGUUACUGCUCAGAGCCUUACUGGCGAUUUGCGGUGAAUCUUUGAGGAAAUGCUUUAUGUCCCAGCAACUACUGGUUAAGCAAUUGAACGAUGCAGCUGACAACCUGAAAAAAGCCAAAGACUCACAGAAAUUAGUUCAUCUGCAUCGCGACUUGGAUGCAAUUAAUAAUUACCUGAACGACAAUCCAACUAGUUUGCCUCUUUCGCCCACCCUGAAAGUCAAUGCAAUCGAUGUUAAAGCAAGUGCGUAUUUCGCCUCAAAUACUUUACCGCUUAAGAUCAACUUUGUGGUGGAAGACAGCUCAGUGUACUACGCAAUCUAUAAAGUAGGAGAUGAUCUGCAGCAAGAUGUUCUGACUCUGCAGAUGAUUCGCUUAAUGGACCGGCUUUGGUUGCAUCAAGGAAUAGAUCUGAAAAUGGUCACGUUCAAUUGCAUUCCCACUUCAAAAAGAAAAGGAAUGAUAGAAAUGGUGACAAAGUCAGAGACGCUGAGAAAAAUCCAAACGGAACAUGGAUUGACGGGUUCUUUUAAGGAUAAGCCCAUUGCAGAAUGGCUGGCUAAACACAAUCCUACAGAACUGGAAUACACCAGUGCAGUCCAAAACUUUACAGCAUCUUGCGCCGGGUACUGCGUUGUCACCUACAUAAUGGGAAUUUGCGAUCGACAUAACGACAAUAUUAUGUUAAAAACAUCGGGCCAUCUGUUUCACAUUGAUUUUGGAAAAUUUUUGGGAGACGCCCAGAUGUUUGGUAAUUUCAAAAGGGAUCGGGCUCCAUUCGUCCUGACCUCCGAUAUGGCGUACGUUAUAAACGGUGGCGAUCGACCCACUGAGAAAUUUCAUCAGUUUGUCGAUUUGUGCUGUCAAGCUUUUAACAUCAUCAGGAACAACCGAAACUUGUUCCUAUUUUUGAUGACAUCCUCAGGUAUAUGUAGCAUUACUCCCGAGUCCGUCGGUUACAUGCACAGGGCGUUGUUGCCGGAAAUGUCCAAUCCGGAAGCUUCCGCCCACUUUACCAGACUGAUCGAAGAAUCUCUUCAAACCAAAUUUACCCAAUUCAACUUCUUUUUGCAUAAUCUCGCUCAAAAUUUGUCCCAGUUGAAGUUCACCUCCGAUAGUCAGAGCGCUUCAUCGUUGUCGUUUGUGCCAAAAAUUUAUAGUAUGAUUACUGAUGGUCGGUUGACGCAUGUGGAAGUAGCUGGUUACCGAAAGCGUUACGAUCCCGACAAGUAUUAUGUGUAUGUUUUGCGCGUGUACAGAGAGGAUCAGAAACAACCCAUGGAGAUCCAAAGGACCUACAAGGAGUUUUCCGAGUUGCACCAGAAGCUUUGCUUGAACUAUCCGUUGGCUAAAUUACACAGUUUAUCUACUGGACUGCAUAUGGGCAGGCAAAACAUCAAGCAAGUAGCACAAAAGCGGUACCAUGAGAUUAGCUUGUUUAUUAAGUCGCUGUUCGUUUGUGCCCAAGAAAUUGCUCAUUCCGAUCUGGUCUACACCUUUUUCCAUCCUCUGUUAAGGGACCAGAAAGAAGACGAAAUAUCAAAAGAUAUUACAGACAAAACUGCGAAUUCGGAAAAUGCUGGGCGGCUUAAAGGCCAGCUGAAGCUCUCUCUUUUGCAUACUAAAGGAGUUUUCACAGUUAUGGUGCAUCAUGCGCGAGGUUUACCAAAGUUGAACGGCCAGGAACCAUCCACAUAUGUAAAAGUCUAUCUGCAGCCCGAUGCUUCCAAGAGCACGAAAAGGAAAACCAAAGUUGUUAAGAAAAAUUGCCAUCCAAGUUUUAUGGAAAUGUUGGAAUACCGAAUGGCUAUAGACAUAAUCAAGUCUAGGACAUUAAAAGCGACCAUUUGGAACUACGAUCCGCUUCAGGAAAAUGAAUUUAUGGGGGGCGUAGAGCUGAAACUGGCCACCUUAGAUCUUGCUACUGAAAUAACUGAAUGGUAUCCGCUGGUUAAUUUGAGCAGAUAGCACAGAAGUUAUUACUAACCGGAGUAUUAAAAAAUUGUCCGCAUGAAAAGUUUAGUGUAUAAUUGAUAGUCGGAAUGGAGCUUGUUCAGGGCUUAAUUUCAGGUGUGAUUUGACAAAACUACGUGAUAAUCUUUUGUGAAAAAGGAGGGAAGUUUUGGAAGUGGUGUGCAAAUAAUACUUUAGAAUGUCGUCAUAGAAUUGAAGGGUUUAGACACGAAUUAUGAUUCUUAUUCAGGAUAUUGUUCAGGUGAAAAUCUAUAUAUAAUAAUAUUCUUCCACUUGCAGUCUCUUAAUGCAUAGGCGAUUCAACGCUUUGUCGUUUGCUUAUUUGCGCACCAUUUACUUUACUCUUACAUUUAUUCUUGACUGUAUCAAGUGGGUGUUUCGCGUUAUCGUCUUUUAUAUGAUGGUGUAUAUUGAAAAUGUGUAGGAAAAUUUUAUGGUAACUAGUCGGUUGGAAUAAUAGAUUUUUUAUAUCGGAAUUAAUCGAAUAUUUAUUGUUUUCCGCACAGAUCAAUUGCGUGAUGUAAAAUAUUAAGUUUCAUAUUUAGAGUUGCGGAUUAAUAAUUUUCAAAUGCCCGCUGAUUCAGACUUUUCGAGUCAAAGAAUUGAACCUAAUAUUCACAGCAUUUGUGAUUGCUAUAUUUCAACUAUCUUGAAGAAACUGCUCAUAUUUCGUUCUGGUAUUCUUUUUAAUGCGCCAAAGUUUGAUUGAAUUUAUUUACAUCAAGCUGUACUAAUCGGUUAACUAAUUUGUUUUUCACAGCAUUGAGUCAGAUUUAAAAAAACUAAACAAGUAGUUAAACUAUUGGCUGGGUGUUUACAUUUAUUAAGGCGUAUUGGAAUAUUUUUGCUGAUAUGUUAUCAAUACAUUUUAAUAAUUAAAUGCUGAUGCUGAACUUUAUAAUUUCCUUUAAGAGACUGUAAGUUAACUGGCCCAGUUAUUACUAUUGUAAGCGGUGACUAGAGAUUAUUUAUUGUUUUUGUAAAUUAUUUCCUAACUUUUCAUUGCACGCGUAACAGCCGAACCGUUCAUCUCGUGGAUCUUAAUAUUGUGGUAAUUCUAUCAUCUAAUUAAAUUGUUAAGUAUACUAUUAAUACUACAUCCUAUUAUGAAAAUAUAUUUAAUAGAAAAAUU